CGGCUGGGCAAAAUAUACCAAUCAUCAGUUAAUGAGCGGUUGGCGGUUAGAUAACGCACGACAACCGAUCGAGUGCAGCUGUCGCCUGUUAUGUCAAAACGAGCAAGGCAGAAGGCAAGAACCAUCAUUUUGGGUAUUGAAUCAGGGCUAAUGGAAUGCCUGCUGUUCGCCUGUGGAAUAUGAGCCCAUGUCAUUGUCUCCAUUCAACAUAAAUAACACAUACGCCAGGAUGAAUUGUCCAGUACACCUACUUCUUCAAGCAAUUUGCAAAGAGAAUUUUCCCUCCAGCUCUAUAGAAUCAGCAAAUGUCGCCCUCCAUGACUCCAGCCCAUGUUCCUCGUGUAUCAUCAACCGAUGAUCCAGACAAAAUCAUCCAAGCCCUUAAUCAGGCCGGUGCACUCGUUAUCGAAGGUCUCUUGUCGAGAGACCAGGUGCAGGAGCUGAAUCUCGAACUAGACAAACCAUUGGAGGCCAUAACUGCGGGUUCGAAGCACAAGGUCGACGCAAUCCAAGAGUUUCACGGCAGCAAUACAAAGCGGCUCACAAAUGUUACCACCCAUAGCAAAAUAUUCCGUCACCAAAUACUUGAAAACGAAUUGGUUCACGCGGUGGCUGAGAGGAUCUUUCACCAUGACUCCGGGACGUACUGGAUGGGUGCCGCUCAAGUGAUCCAAAUUGGACCUGGUAACAAAGCUCAAGUGCUUCAUCGCGACCAGGGCCAGUACCCGGUUUUUAAUCUAUUGGGCCCGAAGGCCCCGGAGGCGACCAUCAAUGUUCUCAUCGCCCUGACGGAUUUUACGGAGGAAAAUGGUGCGACCAGAGUUAUUCCCGGCUCCAACCUAUGGGACGACUAUUCUGAUAUGGGAUCGCCUGACCAAACACUCCCUGCUACAAUGAAAGCCGGUGACGCUAUUCUAUUGAGCGGCAAGACUGUUCAUGGUGGCGGGGCGAACAAAACUGCAGCAGAGCUACGUCGAGGCUUAGCCUUCACGCUACAGUGUAGCUAUCUGACACCCGAAGAAGCUAAUCCGUUCAUAAUCGGACUGGAGACCAUCAAGGAAUUGUCACCAAGAACACAGCGCAUUUUGGGAUUCCGCUCACAAUUCCCGAAAGGUUCACCCGGUCUUUGGCAAUCCGACUAUUGUGAACUUGCAGACGUCAUUGGUCUCUCAGGAGUCGACGAAGCCCUUGAUCGUUUAAGAGAAGGGGCAGUGUGACGAUGUAAACGGAACAUCCUCUAUAACGUGAGGAGAUUGAUAAAUAAUAAGAUCGAACCCUUCAUUUGUAUAUUCCUUGCGAAUAUGGAUGCCAAUUAUUUAGUUAUUUAUUUUUCG